AUGUUCUCAAGAGCAUUGAGGGCGAGCCGCGCUGCUCCGCUCCGCAGCAAUGCAUUUUCCCGAGCUGCCCUUGUUAAGAGAACCGUCACCACGGACGCAGCCAGUGCGCAUACGGACAAAGAUGCUGUCCCGGAGGAGGAUACCAAACCCUUCCAAAUUCACCUGUCGGACGAAUCUUUUGAGACCUACGAGCUUGAUCCCCCACCUUACACGCUCAACACCACAAAGGAGGAGCUGAAGAAGAUGUAUUAUGAUAUGGUCUCGGUUCGACGGAUGGAGAUGGCCGCAGACAGACUUUAUAAGGAGAAGAAAAUCCGCGGUUUCUGCCAUUUGUCGACUGGCCAAGAGGCUGUCGCUGUUGGUAUCGAACAUGCAAUCACCAAGGAAGACGAUGUCAUUACCGCAUACCGUUGCCACGGCUUUGCCCUGAUGCGCGGCGGUACCGUCAAAUCGAUUAUCGGUGAACUGCUUGGCCGCCGUGAGGGUAUUGCCUACGGCAAAGGAGGAUCCAUGCACAUGUUUGCAAAGGGCUUCUAUGGCGGAAACGGUAUCGUCGGUGCUCAGGUUCCCGUCGGUGCCGGUCUGGCGUUCGCUCACCAGUACAGAGGCAACAAGAAUACAACUGUUGCUUUGUAUGGUGACGGAGCUAGCAACCAGGGUCAAGUAUUCGAAGCAUUCAACAUGGCUAAGCUGUGGAAAUUGCCAAUCCUUUUCGGUUGUGAAAACAACAAAUAUGGUAUGGGAACUGCAGCCAACCGCUCAUCCGCCUUAACCGACUACUACAAGCGUGGCCAAUACAUCCCUGGUCUCAAGGUCAACGGUAUGGACGUCCUCGCUGUCAAGGCCGCCGUCCAAUACGGCAAGGCUUGGACCGCUGCAGGCCACGGCCCUCUCGUCCUCGAAUAUGUCACCUACCGCUAUGGAGGCCACUCCAUGUCCGACCCCGGAACCACAUACCGUACCCGUGAAGAAAUCCAGCGGAUGCGCUCUACCCAAGAUCCAAUUGCCGGUCUCAAGCAGAAGCUACUGGAGUGGAAUGUCACAACGGAGGAGGAGCUCAAGACCAUCGACAAGGAGGCCAGAACGUUCGUGGACGGAGAGGUUGCCUUGGCCGAAGAAAUGCCCGCACCAGACGCCACACCCAAAAUCUUAUAUGAGGAUAUCUACGUCCGGGGAAGCGAGCCAGAGUUCAUGAGAGGCCGAACACCAGACGAGAACUAUUACUACUAG